UUGAGUAACUGUUGUGACUCUGUGAACUGAGUCUGAGAAUGGACGUACCAAAGUAGUGUUUUGAAGUUUGGACAGGCACAUUUUGGAGCUCAAAUGGAUUCCAAGUAUCCACAGAAUUUCUAGAGUACUAUAGUACAGAAGAAUAAUAAUCCCGUGGCGUGAAUAUAACCCUCUGGCGCUGGCAGCGGUAUCUGGAGACGAGAGGUAGAGCUUGAAAUUAACUGCAAACAUGGCUAAUCAAGUUUCAAGCUUCACAGAUUCCAGUUUUGAUACAAGUUUUCCAGAUGAUGCAAGUGUCAGGAGUUUAUCAAGACAGAAUAGUGGUAUGUCAGAUGAUGACGAUGAUGCAGAGGCGUAUAGGAGUUACAAGGAUAGGAGAAGGAAUGCCCAUACUGCUGCCGAGCAGAAACGAAGAGAUGCUAUCAAGAAAGGGUAUGAAGACCUUCAGCUGAUUGUUCCUACAUGCCAACAGACUGAUCAAGUUGGAUCUCAGAAACUCAGUAAAGCUACUGUCUUACAGAGAUCAAUCGAUUACAUCCAGUAUCUUGUCCAACAAAAGAAGAAACAGGAAGAUGAAUUGGAGGCUCUUAGGAAAGAAGUAAUGGCACUGAAAAUUAUGAAAGCUAACUAUGAGCAGAUAGUGAAGGCUCACCAGAACACACCAGGCCGAGGACAGAACCAGGUCUCAGACCAAGUUAAGUUCAACGUGUUUAAAGCAAUCAUGGAUGCCCAGUUCCAAACCUUCAAUGCCUCAAUAUCCGUUGCUAGUUUUGCAGAGCUUUCAGCGUGUGUCUUCAGCUGGUUGGAAGAAUACUGCAAACCUCAGACGCUCCGAGAACUGGUAGCCGAGGUCUUGAGGAAAGCAAGUCAGAACCAACUUUAUUGAAUGAAUGUAAGGGAUUCCGCCAACAAUGCAAAAGGACUUGUACAAAGUAAAAAUU